GGGUUUGACGCAGUCUCAAUGGCUGUUUCAACCAGCUUCUCUGGUGCCAAAUUGGAGGCCUUGUUGCUGAAAUCUUCUUCCCCUGCGUCGAGGGCUUCCUCUGCUACCCGUUUUUCGGAAUUUGGCAAACCCGGCUCAAUUAAAAAGACCCUGAUUCAGAGAGGAAUAAUUCGCUGCGACGCUGCUGUUCCUGAGGUGUUGAUCAAGGCCGAUGAUCCGAGUAAUGGCACCAGCGUCUCUGCUCUUGAGCAGCUCAAGACUUCUGCUGCUGACAGAUAUACAAAGGAAAGAAGCAGCAUUGUGGUCAUUGGGCUCAGUGUGCACAGUACACCUGUGGAAAUGCGAGAAAAGCUUGCCAUUCCAGAAGCAGAAUGGCCUCAAGCCAUUGGAGAGCUGUGUGGUCUGAAUCAUAUUGAAGAAGCAGCUGUGCUGAGCACCUGCAACAGAAUGGAGAUAUAUGUCGUUGCUUUGUCCCAGCACCGUGGUGUCAAAGAGGUCACUGAAUGGAUGUCAAAGAAAAGUGGGGUCCCUGUUUCUGAGCUUUGCCAGCAUCGAUUCUUGCUUUACAACAAAGAUGCUACAGAGCAUCUUUUUGAAGUAUCUGCAGGCCUUGACUCUCUUGUAUUGGGAGAAGGUCAAAUCCUUGCGCAGGUCAAGCAGGUAGUUAAAGUUGGGCAGGGCAUUAAUGGCUUUGGGAGAAACAUCAGUGGGCUGUUCAAACAUGCAAUUACUGUGGGGAAGAGGGUUAGAACUGAAACUAAUAUUGCUGCUGGUGCAGUUUCUGUAAGCUCAGCUGCUGUUGAGUUGGCCUUGAUGAAACUACCAGAAGCCUCACAUGAUAAGGCCAGGAUGUUGGUUAUUGGAGCUGGCAAGAUGGGAAAGCUUGUAAUCAAACAUUUGGUGGCGAAAGGUUGCACUAAGAUGGUGGUUGUUAAUAGAACUGAGGAGAGAGUUGCAGCGAUCCGUGAAGAAAUGAAGGGUGUUGAAAUUGUAUAUCAACCCCUUUCAGAAAUGCUCUCCUGUGCUGGUCAAGCAGAUGUCGUUUUUACCAGCACUGCAUCAGAAAGCCCCUUGUUCUUGAAAGAUCAUGUGCAGGACCUUCCUUCUGCAAGUCAAGAUGUUGGGGGGCUUCGUCUUUUUGUUGAUAUCUCUGUUCCUCGCAAUGUAGGUUCUUGUGUCUCAGAUGUGGAUUCUGUGCGAGUUUACAAUGUUGAUGACCUCAAAGAGGUUGUGGCUGCUAAUAAAGAAGAUCGGCUGAGAAAAGCAAUGGAGGCUCAGGCAAUCAUUGUCGAGGAAUCAAAACAAUUCGAAGCUUGGAGGGACUCUCUGGAAACUGUUCCUACCAUCAAGAAGUUGAGGGCUUAUGCUGAAAGAAUCAGGGCUGCUGAGCUUGAGAAAUGCCUAAGUAAGAUGGGAGAUGAUAUCCCAAAGAAGACAAGGAGAGCUGUGGAUGACCUUAGCCGGGGCAUAGUGAAUAAGCUGCUCCAUGGUCCAAUGCAACACCUGAGAUGUGAUGGGAGUGACAGUCGGACUCUUAGUGAGACCCUUGAGAACAUGCAUGCUUUGAAUAGAAUGUUCAGUCUUGAGACAGAAGUAUCAAUUUUGGAGCAGAAGAUUCGAGCCAAGGUGGAACAAAGUCAGAAGUAAUAUCUGACUCCAAUUAUGCUGAUCACACUUAUUGAUUUCCUCUAUUCAAAAAUGGGGGAACACUCUCGCCCUUUUAGGAAUGAGAAUCUUCAGUUGCAUAGUUGAAACAGGAGAAGCCUCCCCGGGGAACCUAAACCCAUAUUUGCUCUCUAGUGUCUGCUUGGCGUAGCUUGUUUGGGGUUUUGG